ACUCUCGAGUCGAAUUGUUACUGCGUAAGCUGUGUGUCCACUGAGCAUGCUAAGUGCUGUUUUCUUAAGUAAAUUAUUAUAAUUUGCGCAUCUAGACCUUUGGCCACCGCUCUACCAUUCAUAAAUACGAUGAGUCACCUUUCUUCAGCUCCCGAUGUUGCAGACACAGCAUCAUCACAAGAGAUCAAGGACGACGCUGGCCUUCCGACCCCUGCUUUUUCGAGUACUAGUACGUCAACGCAGAAACAGCCUACCGCGAUGGAGCCCACACCGACGGCGAUGCGGUGCAGGAUCGGCUUGGCCGUGACCGGCAUCUCGGUCGGCGUGCUGGUCUUCAUCGUGUUUUUGGCCAUGGCGGAUUUCAGGAAUUAUCACAUUGCAUGUUGGGGAUUGGCAAGUGGAAUCUUUGCCGUCUUUACACUUAUUGUCCACAUACAACACCUGAAGGGUAAUCAUGAUGUUUGGCUGAAUCGUCUCAAACUGCCCAUCAUUCUUGGAUUCUUUGUACAGCUUGGAGCAGUAGCGGCUUUCAUCACCUACAUUGCCUUAGCUGCUGUGCAAAAGCAACCUGUCACACCACUGAAUGGGCCCCACCGCGGUUACUACGUUGCAGCAGUCUGGGUCUUCAUGACAUGGAAAUGGUCCUUUGCUCUCUUCUGGUAUUCAAAAAGUUACCGACGAUUUUACAUCACCAAGUAUGUCUCCAUUCCCUGAAAAUGCUGUUAUAUUUUGAGAAAAAAGAAAAAGCUCAUGAGAUAUUGAAUUCAUUUCAUUAUAAGUUUUUCUGUGUGUCAAGUGUAAUUCUUUUGAAACUGAGAAUGUGUGUGCAUGUGCGAGAACGAACUGCCCAAGAAGAAAAUGUCUCCAAAUUCUCCAGAACCAUGAAUGUCAAAUGAUGUUUAUGAUGUUUAUUCAUUUUGUCAACCAUGAGCAUGAUUUGAAUCAGGGGAAAUUUGUAACUUGUAAAAUGUUGAAAGUGUGGCUUUAUCGUAAAGAUUGAAAAGAGAGAAGUAAUUCUGUAUAUUUCUUUUUGUAAACUAUGUUUCUGCUGCCUUACUGGACAACAGGGCACCGAUAAAUUUUACUUCAAGACAAUACAUGUAUAUUCAAAGGAAUGCUUUAAGUCAUUGAUUUCCCGAAUGAUUGACAGAUUUUGUUUCAUUUUAUUUUUAAAAUUCUUCCAAAGAUGCACAGAGUUACUUUGUAGAAAAAUGCUACAUGAGCCUAAAUGCAACUUCAGUGUAAGAGUAGGGGAUACUCCGUGUUAAAAGCAGAGAAUUUAUGCAUACUUCCAUUGGAGUGCAUUUCUAAGACAUACUCAAUUGAAGUAACAACUCUAAAUUUAUACAUGUUCACCUGUAUGGGAAUUGUUUGAGAACAGAAAAAUUGUUCCUUGAGAUUUUCCUUGACACUUUCUGACUUUGUGGCAAAUUAGCUAAUGGAAAUAUAUCUUCUUUGUCAUAUUGUGUGCCGAAGCCUUGAGCCCAAAGUUAUAAUCAGAAGCAGAAAAACAGCUUUAAAAGUAAUUUUCUAAAAUGGUUUAUCAUUAUCUGGUAUGUGCAAAUUUCUUGCUUCAACUGUUCAAAUUUGUAUUAGUAAUUGUAUACCAUCUCAUAUGUACCGAGACAGCAAAAAGUAUGUUUCUACAAGAUAUUGCAUAGUGUGAAUGUACAUACAUAUAUGUAUGUGUAUUUUUUGUUUUCCAAACAAAUCACCACACAAAAUUCUUUUUGCUGUAGAAUAUUUUGCUUUUGUAAAGUGCAAGCAAAGUUCACAUAAUUGGUGUGUUUGAAUAAUACAAAAGGUGUGUGUUUUAUGAGCAAUUCUAUAUCAAAGUCAGAGCUAUUAGUGUAAGAGUGAAUUUUUGUUCUGUUCAUGAUUCAUGAUGUAAACUUACGUGAGCAGUCUUGUGAUGUAGAUUUACAAAGUCCCAAAUUCUUCUCGUUUUGGUUUUGUUGAUUGCAUGGGCUUACAUGUAACAGACAUAAAACAUAACAUCACUCACCUUUACAGGUGCACCUUUCCUAUCUGGGCUCCAUGGGUGUGUACCACCCCACUGCUACAGGAUAGGGCACGUGUGAACAAAGCAUAACGUCAUGAAUCACAGAUAAGUCUAUCAGCCUUUGCUUUCUACAGGACUAUUGACUUUGUCAAAGUGUUAUUGAGGACGUUCCUGUGAAAAAGAAGCUAUUAUUAUAGGACUUGCCAGGGAGGGCAUUCCCUGAAUUGAAAUAGUUGGGGGAGGACUUGUUCCCUGGCCACCCCCCCCGCCAGUGUGCAGUGGUGAUGAUGCACAUGACAAGUUGUGAUUCAUUGUUGGUUUUGGUUUUAAUUCAGAAGCACUUGUUUUCACCAAUUGUACAGGGUACGCAUAUUGUGCUAGUAAGUGUGUGUUUUUUUUUUUUUUGCAGUUUAACAUUGUCCAUAUGAAAUGUACUUAAAAAAAAAAGACCUGUGCCAGUGAUACGGUUUCACAGAUAAGCAACAGGGGUCCCGUACAUGUAAAUCAUUUGACUGUACACCCCCUCCCCUGUCAUUGUGGUGUGGCAAUGAGUUAAUUGAUUUGGGGAUGUUAUGCAGAGUCACUUUCAGGACUUGACAGGGUCACAGGGUCAAAACAAAAUUAAUGUGGAUCACCAAAUGCCCAGUGGUUGUUCAGAGUUAUUGUUCUUUUGUGUUGUAAUUUAAAGAAGUAAAUAUAUGCUCCUUGAAGUUACAUGUAGGUCAUAAAUAUGGUCUUCUUUGGUAGAAAUUUUGACUGCAUUUUCACGACGAAUGGAUCAGUAUCAAUAAAGUAAAUCUGGGAACAACUGCUUCUUGGAUUUUGUGCUUUAACGAGA